UUGGCAACGUCGCAUAUACAUUGACAAACAUGUCGUAUAAAUUUUGACGUUUUUGUAGUUUGUUUCUGUUUUAUUAAUUAAAAAUGAAUAUCACCCAUGUUUUAAAUUAAGUAGUUUGUAUAUCAUCAAACCAAAUUAGCAAUAGUUAAAAUGAAUUCUAUGCCCUUACCAGCCACUCAGCGGGACUGUAUGUCCGCCGCUACAAAGCGAUACAAAUAUUUAAGACGAAUAUUGAAAUUUGACCAAAUGGAUUUCGAGUUUGCAUUUUGGCAAAUGUUGUAUCUAUUCAUAGCCCCACAGAAAGUGUACCGAAACUUUCAUUAUAGAAAACAGACAAAAUCACAGUUUGCCAGAGAUGACCCUGCAUUUUUAGUCUUAUUUGCAGCCUGGCUUUGUAUUACAUCAGUGGGAUUUGCCAUUGUGCUAAAAUUAGGAUUUUUACAAUUUAUUAGAUUCUUAUUAUAUACUGUGUUUGUAGACUGCAUAAUAGUAGGAAUAAUAACUGCAACCAUAUUUUGGUUUGUCUUAAAUAAAUACUUUAGACCCAAAAAUGAGGCACAAGAUGUUGAAUGGGGUUACUCAUUUGAUGUUCACUUGAAUGCAUUUUUUCCUCCAUUAAUUUUACUACAUUUCUUUCAGUUAUUUUUUUAUAAUGGUUUAAUAAGCCACGAUUGGUUUAUAUCAAGACUACUUGGCAAUACAUUUUGGCUGGUUGCAGUUUUGUAUUACAUGUACAUUACUUUUCUAGGUUAUAGUUCAUUAAAUAUUCUACAAAGGACACAUUUAAUAAUUACUCCAUUGCCAUUGGUGAUCACAUUCUAUAUUGUGUCACUGGUUUCAGGAUUCAACAUAACUCAUGCCCUCAUGAAUUUUUAUAAAAACCGUGUGGUUUAAUUUGUUUUGUAAUAUUAAAAAUCUAGUCUUAAUUUAUUUUUCUUUCGUUAUUUUGUCAGUAAAAUAUUUUGUACAGGAAA